UACCACCGCUUUGAGAACGCCAGCCAAGGCCGUGAUCUGGUCGUUGGCCUCCACCAAACUCCCGAGUCGUAUGAGAACGAACAACAAUUCUUCAGAAUCUUCUUUGGGUACCUGGAUGACUGCAAAGCUGCCGAUUGCAAACCCAGCUCUUUCCAGCUCUUGGUAUUUCUUCCUAGCGCCUACACGCCUCUGGCUGUUCCUCUUCCUUGGAUGUUUCUGGGCCGCGUCUGUAGUCGAACCUUGCUUACAACUGCCGCCUCCUGGGGGGAAUGGGUUUUGGGCUACAAGCGGACCUAG